AUGCGCGUUCGUAAGGCGGACUUCACGCACGCCGCGGCAACAGGUGGAAAUUGCGCGGUUUUGUUGUUGAGAAACAAAGGGGUAUUUCUAGUUGUUGAGCCGAACUCGUGUGCCUCGUUGCCGGAAAUCCCGGCAGUAACAGCAGCACCGGCAACAGAAGGAGACAAUGCCAUUAAUUUUGACUGUCAAAAGCUUUCAGACACAGCAGUGAUGAGCAGCAACUUGGGCAGGUUCCGUUUGAUCGUUCCAGCAGCAAAUGCCAAGCCAUCGCCUUCGAUUGGCCAGACCCUGGGCCCUUUGGGAAUCAACAUGAUGGCCUUCUGCAAGGAAUUUAACGCCCGUACUGCCAAGGUGCGCCCUGAUGUUCCUGUGCAGGUUACCAUUGUGCCAAAUCCAGACAGAACAUUCAAAUUUAGCUUGAGGGCCCCCAGCAGCACCUGGUUCCUUCUGCGCACGGCGCGGUGUCCUAUGGGCAGCGAACAGGCGGGGAAGCAGGUGGUCGGCAAUGUGACUCUGAAGGAGGGGAUUUGUCGAUCUCUUAUUGGCUCCGCCAAAGCGAUGGGCAUUGAGGUGACUCCAGAGCUGCAGCCAGCUUUCAGUAAGCGAGACUACACCCCUGUAGAGAACCUCGAACAGAUGAGAAAAGACUUGAGACAGAAGCGCAAAGCUGCACGCAGGGCGAGCGCAAAGUCAUAG